UAAAAGUAAUUGCAAUAAAAAAGAAAAGAGAAUUUAUGUUUUUAUUUUACAAGGAAACCAAAACAAAAUAUUAAAGAAUACCUUGUAGUGCAACCAAUUAAAAGCUAAAUAAAUCCUAAUCUAUAAAAGUUAAGUGGCACAAUAAAAUAUAAAUAAAGAAAAUGGUAUUUCUAUGAUAUUCUAACAAAAAAGAAACAAUUUAAUUCUUUGCUAAAAAGUUGGUUUCUUGCGACCGGCCAAAAAAACAUUAAAGAAAAUGUGUGUUUGCAAAUCAAAAAGAAAUUAAUGGAAUUAUUUGGAUAAUUAAAAAUCAAGGUUUUUAAUUGCCUUUCUACCUUUAAUGUUAUUGUUUAUACUUUGUAUAAAUUCUCUAAAUAUUUUGUUGUUGUUUUGGAUUUUUUGUAAUGAAACACUUUAAUUCGGUAAACACGUUUUAAUAACAACAAAAUCAACAUAUUAUUGCUAUUAAAAGGUGAAGCCAAGCAUUAAUUACAACAACACUCAUAUACAAUAAAAACAACUACAGAAAAAUCAAAACAAACUUAGUAAAAUAUAACGGCCACACAGAAGAAGAAGAAGCAGCAGCAACAACAAUAAUUGUUUAUGGGAGUACGUGUGAAGUGCAAUUGAUUGUAAACAAAAAUAUUACAGUCUCCCUUUUACACCCACACACAUACUGUUCUCACCAUGGAAUUGUCAUCGUUUAUGAAAGAAACAAAAGAUGUCGAAUUCCAAGAUGUCUACUACUCGAUUGAAUUGAAAAAAAAUAUUGUAAAAGUUAUUGGCCAGCAUGAAAUACUCAAAGGCGUUAGUGGCAGUUUUCGCAAUGGCCAGUUAUCGGCCAUUAUGGGACCUUCCGGAGCUGGCAAGAGUAGCCUUUUAAAUGCCAUAUCAGGAUACUGCACUUCCGGUGUGUCUGGCCAUUUAAAAAUCGAUCGCAAAAACUCUUGCUACAUUACCCAAGAAGAUCAUCAUCAAACUCUGCUCUCAGUUGAAGAACUUAUGCAUUUGUCCUGUGAUCUUAAGCUAAAACAUGACUGUCGCAAAAAUAAGAAACAAUUAAUAGAAGAGAUUCUAGUGAAUCUUAAUUUAAAUCACAGACGUACGGUUAAAGCCAAUAAAUUGAGUGGUGGUGAGAGAAAACGUCUAUCGGUGGCUUUGGAAUUGGUGGCAAAUCCAAAAAUAUUUUUCUUGGAUGAACCCACCAGUGGUUUGGAUGAAGUGACGGCUUUGCAGUGUGUAAGACUGCUGAGUAAUUUGGCCAAGCAGGGUCAUACGGUGGUGUGUACCAUACAUCAGCCCUCGGCCUCGGUUUUCAAUUAUUUCGAUAAUGUUUAUGUUUUGGCCCAGGGCAAGUGCGUGUAUCAGGGACCGCCCCUGGGUUUAGUGCCGUUUCUAGGGCAUGCCCAGAAGGAAUGUCCCAAACACUACAGUCCCUCGGAUUAUAUCAUCGAGCUUUGCGAUUUCGAAGGUCUUACUGCCAUCAACUACUUGGCCGUCCUCACCGACAAUGGCAAACUCAUCUUUACACCACCUGUGGAUACAAUCAAAAGUGGAACCAUUGAAGGCGUUACAAAUCCCCUACCCGAACCUCAAUCUUUUAUAUUUCGCCAUGCAGUCACCACAUUCUUCCCUGAGAUCAAUCAAACUCCCGGUUUAACUUCUAUAUUAACAAAAUCUCAUAACUCUUUCUAUGCUGGCACUUCCUUGCUGUUUGAUCACAUGAAAACCUUUUCAAAGAGUCUCUCAAAAUCCCAUGAUGGCACCUCGGGCUUCCAGCAGUUUUGUGUAUUGUCUCGAGUUAUGUUUUUGCGUAUUUUAAGGGCUCGUAUACCCAUAUUGAUACAAUUUAUUCACCACACCAUGGUGGGUUUGUUUUUUGGUAUGCUUUUUUAUAAUCUGGGCAAUCAGGGCUCUCAUAUGUUUGCCCAUUUGAAAUUUUGCAUAAGUGCCAUCUUGAUGAUUGCCUAUACCCAGGUAACGAUACCAGUAUUGACAUUUCCUUUAGAGGUGAAAAUUGUUAAAAAGGAAACUUUCAAUCACUGGUAUUCCUUGACUCCCUAUUAUAUGGCCUUGAGUAUUAGUCGUUUGCCUUUGCAGAUUGUAUACAAUGUUAUUUAUUUAACCAUUAUUUAUUGGAUGACUGGCUUUCCUCCGCAAUGGUGGCGUUUUGCUAUAUUUAUUUCUGUGGGUCUAAUGACCUCUUUUGUGGCCGAAGGUUUGGGUUUGUCCAUAGGAGCAACAUUUAGUAUAACGAACGGUUCCGUGGUGGGUCCCAUGAUCAUAGCCUCCUUCAUUGGUCUAGCUAUUUACGGUUUCGAUUUUGCUCCUCAAAUCCCCGAGCUUAUGAAUUUCUCCAUGAAAACCAGUUUUAUGCGUAACGGUGUAGUGGCACUGAUUCUAACUUUGUUUGGUUAUGGCCGUGAAACUUUAGAUUGUAAUGAAAUCUAUUGUCAUUUCAGUGAUCCUCGAGUGUUGUUGAGAUUUUUGGAUUUGGAAAAUGUCACAUUACAACAGCAAUUUAUGUAUUUAUUUGUACUUUUAGUAUUAUUUAGAUCUUUGUUGUAUAUCAGUUUGAGAAUACAAUGUAAGACAUGAGGGGGAGCGAAAGGGAAAGGUAGAGGAGUUAGUUACAAUAAACAUUCCCAGAAUUGAUUAGCUUUUUAGUUAUAUAUAUAAAGAAUAAAGGGAUUAAAAA